UAUAAUAAAAGUAAAAGAAUUUUUUGUGUAAAGAUGGAAGGGGAAUUAGCAGAACAAGUGGAGAGAUUACAAACCCAAAUCCUUGAUAAAAUCACACAACUUGAACUCUCAAUCUCAAACCUUGAAAAACCAUCUCCCGAUGACGACAACCCAACAACCGAAUCACGCCUUUCCGCCGUGCUGGUCACCGGCGGCUUGAAAGACUUCAAAUUCAAGAGGGUUCCAUGUGAUUAUUAUGAAUGGUCCUUUGAAGCUAGGAGAGAUGUUCUGGGUGCUGCUUCUAUUCAUCAUCUCUGUAAAAGCAUUGUUCUGAUAAAUACUCAAGCUGCAUCCGAUGUUACCGAUUGCAGCAACCGUCAAAAUUCAAAAUACUAUGUUGUCGUUGUUCAGUACACAGCUCGAUUUAGUGCUGAACGUGUUAAAAACUUUCUUUAUAUGCUCAAUAAUGGCAAGAUACCCAAAAAGAGAUUCAAUUUAAGACUUGCCCCAGAAGAGAUAUCUAACAAGUUGACUGGUUAUGAACACAAUGGAGUAACAUGUGUUGGCAUGAAAACAGAUAUCCCGGUAAUUUUGGAUGAAGCAAUUGUGAAGCUUCAUCCUGAUUUUUUUUGGCUGGGUGGCGGAGAGAUCGAUCUGAAACUGGGAAUCAGGACCUCUGAGUUCAUUAGCUUCACAAAACCAUUCAUUGUGAAUUGUAGUGGUUCUUAAUUUUACUUGGAAAAAUCUCUUUUGAAGUUUUGCGAAGGUGCCUAUUUGUCUCCAAUUAUCAACUCAUACCAUUGAUAACUGAACCAUUAAAGCUUUUGAGCCCAUUGUUUUCUGAUAUAUAUUAGUUAUUUGUAGCCCAACUCAUUUAAUCAAAGAGUUUUUCCAUUUGGCUUGUUAAAGCACCA